GGUUUCCAAGGAUGCUGCCUUUGCUGCUGCUGCUGCUGCUCGGAUUUAGCGCUAGUUUGAUUCCCCGCAGGAGAAAAGGCGAUUAAGGAGCGAGAGAGAGAGAGAGAGGGAGAAAAGAGCGCUAAAUAAAAUUGUAUUUGGAGGAGGAUCCAGGAGGGGAAACAACACAGAAAUAUAUAUUUUUCUCUCUCUCCUUUUCCAGACACGGGAGGGAUUUUUUUAAAAAUAUUGCGCUCCUUCUUCUUCAGUUUGCUGGGUUUCUCCUUUCCUCGGGAGUUGUCAUGAAAAGGAUUGGCAAUGGGGCCAGAUGGGGGGCUCUGCGGGCCGAAGCGAGAUUUCCUUGCCUGAUUCUGGAGACUAGGUUAAGAUGGAUCUCUGGGGAAACGUAGAGGCCCUGCGAGAUGAGCCUGCCCCCGGGCACCCCCGCUGCUAGGAUGCUCUUUGUUAUGGCUCUGGCCUGUGCCAGCCCUUUCCUGGACCUGCGGCGACGAACCAUCAACAUUCCCAUCAUUUUCAGUGGCUCCACGUACACUCCGGAGAGUGCCCGGUUCUCGCCUGAGGACUUCCGCAACUUCUCCAUGGAGAUCAACCCCAUCCCAGUGGUUCUGAAUGACACCAACCCUCGCAGCCUUAUUGUGCGGCUUUGUGAUGUCCUCUCUUCCCUGCACAUUCAUGGUGUUGUCUUUGAAGAUGAUACACGAACAGAGGCUGUGGCCCAGAUCUUGGAUUUCAUCUCAGCACAGACCUCCGUUCCUAUCAUUGGCAUCAAUGGAGGAUCAGCUAUUGUUCUUACACCCAAGGAAAAGGGAUCGACCUUCCUUCAGUUGGGUUCCUCAACCAAACAGCAGUUGCAUGUGAUGUUUGAAGUCCUAGAACAGUACGACUGGACAGCGUUUGCUGUCAUUACAACACUAUUUCCUGGUUAUGAAGAUUUUGUAGACUACAUUGAGGUGCUGACCGACAGCAGUUUCAUUGGUUGGGAGCGCCGCAGCACUGUGACCCUUAACCUCACUGAUGACCCAGAUGGGGCUCGCCUCAAACGUCAGCUCCGGGAAAUAAAUGCCCGCAUCUGCCUUCUCUACUGCUCACGUGAAGAAGCAGAAAGCAUCUUUCGUGCAGCUCGUGAAGUCAAACUUACAGGCCCAGGGUACAUCUGGUUUAUGGCAGGUGCCAACUUUGGUAGAACUGAAUACAUGCCAGAGGAGCUGCCUGAGGGUCUCUUCAUGGUGCUUUCAGCAGGAUGGAAAGAUGAUCUCUACCACAGAGUACAAAAUGGUGUGGCUAUCAUUGCCAAGGGGGCUGAGGCCCUCUUCCAAGUCUAUGGCUCAGUACCAAAAUUCAACAAUGACUGCCGGGCACCCAACCUCACCCAGUUCAACGAGAACCUGCAUAGGUACUUCAUGAAUGUUACUUGGGGUGACAAGGAUUUCUCCUUUAAUGAAGAAGGAUACCUCAUCAAUCCGUCCUUGGCUGUGAUCUCCCUCAGCAAAGACCGUACCUGGGAGGUGGUGGGAAGGUGGGAGCGUAGAAUCCUCAGCAUGUCACGGUUCAGGAAAUUCCUACAGCCUGUGGAUGACAACAAGCACCUCAUGGUGGCAACACUUGAAGAAAGGCCCUUUGUCAUUGUGGAUGACAUAGACCCUGCCACAAAGACCUGCAUCCGGGACUCGGUGCCCUGCCGCCAUCCUGUCAACCGCACCAACAGCAAUCACCUGGAAAAGAGAUGCUGCAAAGGGUUUUGCAUCGACAUCCUGAAGCGCUUGGCAAAGACUCUGGGUUUCACCUAUGAUCUCUAUCUUGUCACCAAUGGCAAACAUGGCAAAAAAGUCAAUGGCAUGUGGAACGGCAUGAUUGGAGAGGUAUAUUACAAGCGAGCUGACAUGGCAAUUGGAUCCUUGACUAUCAAUGCAGAGAGAGCUGAAGUGAUAGAUUUCUCUGUGCCCUUUGUCGAGACGGGCAUCAGCGUUAUGGUGUCCCGUAGCAAUGGAACUGUUUCACCAUCUGCCUUUCUAGAACCCUACAGCCCUGCUGUCUGGGUGAUGAUGUUUGUCAUGUGCCUGACUGUUGUUGCAGUGACCGUCUUCAUCUUUGAAUAUUUCAGCCCAGUAGGUUACAACCGCAGCCUCAGCGCCAGUAAACGCACUGGAGGCUCCAAGUUCACCAUUGGGAAGUCAAUCUGGCUGCUCUGGGCUUUGGUGUUUAACAACUCUGUGCCUGUUGAGAACCCCAAAGGCACCACCAGCAAGAUCAUGGUGCUGAUCUGGGCCUUCUUUGCCGUCAUCUUCCUCGCCAGCUACACAGCCAACUUGGCCGCCUUUAUGAUCCAGGAGGAAUACGUCGACACUGUGUCUGGGCUCAGUGACCAAAAGUUCCAGAGACCGCAGCAUCACUAUCCGCCUCUGAGAUUUGGUACUGUUCCCAAUGGGAGCACUGAGAAAAACAUUCGGAAUAACUAUGGGGAGAUGCAUGAAUAUAUGGGAAAGUAUAACCAGCGCAGUGUGGAAGAUGCACUCCACAACCUGCAGACAGGGAAGCUGGAUGCCUUCAUUUAUGAUGCAGCUGUCCUCAACUACAUGGCCCGCAAAGAAGAAGGCUGCAAACUUGUCACCAUAGGAAGUGGCAAAGUCUUUGCUACCACAGGGUACGGCAUUGCGUUGCAGAAGGGAUCCAAAUGGAAACGGCCCAUUGACCUGGCCUUGCUCCAGUUUCUAAGUGACGAUGAGAUUGAGCUGCUGGAGCGCUUGUGGCUGUCGGGGAUUUGUCACAAUGACAAAAUUGAGGUGAUGAGCAGCAAGCUGGACAUAGACAACAUGGCUGGAGUCUUCUACAUGCUCCUGGUGGCCAUGGGGCUGAGUCUGCUGGUCUUUGCCUGGGAACACCUCAUCUACUGGAAACUGCGGCACUGUAUGAGACACACUGGGCGGCUGGACUUCCUGCUUGCCUUCAGCAGGGGUAUGUACAGUUGCUGCAGCAGUGAAGACCCAAAAGGUCCAGACCAGCAGCAGUUGCCCAUCCUCAACCACACGUAUGGGCCUUCACGAGGGGCAGCCCCAGCCUUGCCCAGUCCCCCUGGCCCUCCACUUCCUUGCUCCAGCUUCCUGCCCCGUGAACGGCGCAUUGUAGAGCGGUGGCGCCAUGCCCGGAGCCCCAAUUGCUACAAGGAUCUCUUCCCUCCGACACCUGCAGAGCUCCCCACAGCUAAGCCUCCACGCCACAGCCUCAAGAGUCCUUUCUCUGAUGGCUUCCACCGGUUCUAUGGCCCCAUUGAACCUGAGGGGCUCUCCGAUCAUGUGAGUGGCAAAAAGAUGGCACCCUGUCAGCUUUCUCCACCACCUCCUUCCCGUGGGCUGGAAAAUCCUCCUUCCUAUUUUGCCAUUGUUCGUGAAAAAGAGUCUCCUGACAUGCCACCAGCAGCAUCGGGCUGGCAGCGUAAAUCCCUCCGAGGCUUGUAUGAAAGUUUCCAGGCUGGGAAAGGGGCUGGUCGGGCCCCAGAAGUGAAAAAGUAUGAUGGCCCCUCCAGUAGCUAUUCCACCAAAAGCCCUUGCGACUUGGAAAGGGGCAGUAGCCGGCCUUUUGGGAAAGAACGGAAUCGAUAUGGCUACACCCGACUGUCUUACGAAGAUGAACGCUCCCCACCUGUUCCCCGUUAUCGGCACACUGAAGAAACAUCUCUGCCACGAACUGAGCCAGAAACCAAAUGCCCAACAUCGAGCCGAGAAAGGAGUUCCCGGGCUCAUAUUUGCCGCAGUCAUUCCCACCCCCUUGCCGUUGGUGCCAGUUUGCGCAGCCAAAGUCAUUACGUGGACUUUUCGGAUUCUGAUUCUGAUAUUUGUGAGAGGGACAGUGAUGGCCAUAGCUGCUGGUACCAGUCGCCGGAUUAUUUCUGCACGUACCCAUCCCGAGAGAGGCAGUUGUUCGCCACCCACAAGCCUCUGCACUACUGGUCAGCUGACAAGCUGGCAAAAUGCCAUGGAUGCCACGGUCCCUGCCAGCACUGCCUGAGCUUGGAAAUGCUCCCACCGCCUACCCCACCGUGCCGCAAGGAGGCCUUGCACUACUUGAGCUGUUCUGAGGAGCGUCUGGAACGCCGGCUGGACUGGGAGCACCGCCACUGCAGCCUGUAUGGCUGCAUGGCUUCUCGGCACCGCCACGGCUUCCACCGCCGUUGCCACCAUCAUUCCUGCGAUCUGGGGCCAGCGGGUGGAGUCCUUCACCCCACCUCCCGCAGCCUGGAGGACCUCAGUUCCUGCCAUAUGAUGCGCUGCGGGACCUCCCAUCGACACCAGGGUGGCUUCUCGCCAGAGUGGCUGCCACGCCGGGUGAGCCGGAGCGGAGAGCUUUUUGCUCGACGUGGCUCAGCCCAUUUCUCCAGCCUGGAGUCAGAGGUAUGACCAGCGACAGGUGGGGUGGGAGUAGGGUGGGGGGUGGGGAAAGACACUUUGGAUGAGACCACAGGAAAAAAAAGAUGUUGGCUGAGCCGUAGUUGAGCCCAUCAAGCGGGGACAGAGAUGGUGGCAAUGGCACUGUGGCCCAACCCAUGGAAUGAAGGUAGUCCCAUGAAGAUGACUGCAGAGAGGGGGAAGCAGAAAAGUGCCAGAAAUGAACCCACCAAGACAAAGGGCAUGCAACCUGGAUGCCACCAGGAAGAUUUGGCUUAGCGCCACUUCUCCCUGCCACAGAGAAGGGGAAUUGUUCAACCAAAAGAGUAUCACAGAUAAACACCACAGUGGGGACUGAAACUACCAAUAAUCCCAUCAAAAACAGAAGUGGGGAGUGGAGAUGACCUCUCAGAGAAGGGGAACAACUCCCUGCUUCUGCUACCCCAAGUGCCACCAGAAUAGCUCCCUGUGACAAAUCUCCCGGUCUCUUCCACCAGCCAAUUUAGGGCAGGGGGUAAGAGGGGGAGCUGUUCCCGCCUGUGUUUCCAUAACAGACCUUUUAUAUCCAGAACAAGGGCUUUCCUGCCACCCUGUGGCAUCUUGAUGGGGUGGGUUCCCGUGGCCAGUAGUAACUGGCAACUGUAACAGCAGGGCUGUUUCCCUCUGAACAAGACCCAAGAGAAGGCCACAGAAACAAACCAGUUGUGGACAUGGAGGGGGUCUGUGUUUCCACACAGGCUGGUGCAGGGGAAAUGUUCCACCGGUCAGGCUCCAGGGAAGAGACGGGAAGGGCUUCGAUGGCAACCACCACACAACUGUCUGGACUUCUGGGCGGGAGGGAUGUUAGGAGACAAAACUGUGACUUUGUUCUACAGAAAACUGUGAUAAUUUUUUCCUGCACAUUUUCCGCUUCCUCUUUUCCCUUCUCGCUUUCUUUGCUCUUCUCACCUGUAUUUCUUCUUUCUCCAACUCCACUUCCCGCUUUCAGUCUUGCUAUCAUGCACUCGCCAACAAUUAUAGAGAUAGCAACACAUUCAAACACACACCACCAAUACCCCAAUGCAAACUCACAUGCUUGGGUGCUGUGCUGGGCAAAAAUAACAAAAUAACAGGCUCCCAGACUCACAUAGAAAAGUAAGCUCAAAUCCCAAAAGGGUUUGUUCUCACAAAUCUCAUAAACAGUACACUGGCAUUCUCAGUGUUAUACGACAGUUUUUGUGGAAAAUGACAGAAAACAUUAUUAUAGGACUUUUCUGUAGAUUGAAAGGGCACUUGCAUUUCAAACCAAACAAAUGCCUAUAGGAAAAACGAAACCUCAUGCAAUAGAGAGGAAAUGCUGCAUUCAAUCAUUACUAAAAUCACCAUAUACUGUCUUAAAGCUGGUCACACCAAGCUGCAUUGGGCAAACUGUGGAAGUGGGCAUGGGGGAAAUACAGGUAUUUUCUGUAUGAAGUAAGGGGUGAGAAUUAGGAUGGAAUCUUGUAUCUUCCUUGUGGGAAUAAUGCACCUGAUGCACAUCUUGCACAUCUUCCCACAGAAAAAAAAUCCUUAAGUUCCUUCUUCGUGUAAGAUCCCAGAAGCACGAAAAUCGCCUCCUCCAAGUCCAGUAUAUCCUCAGGACUGGAAUUUGGCAGUUUUGUAGAGAACACAUGUGUAUGUAUAAGAAAUUCAAUGUACUUGAUAAAAUUAAGGUGCUCCUAAGUGGAGAGCUCCUAGUGCUACCAAUCAAAAGACAUUGUGCGGUUAAUAAUCUCUUUGUCUUUGAAUCAUAAGUUGAGUUGCCUUUGUUGUUAGAGUUGUAAGAAAAAAAUAGAAGACAUCACGGAAAAACAUGGGAGAGUUUCAAGUGCAAGUUAGUGAAGUUUGUAACACACCCUCCCCCCAAAAAUUAAGUGUUGGAGCCCAAAUGAUUGUACAAUAAAAGCCUUUGUCUGGAAGCAUUCUAACACUGCAGCUGGUUUCAAGGGAAAUGUUUGCUCACCAGGCUGGUGACCAAUCAUGUAACUCAUUGCAACAGGAUAUGUUUACCAUCCAUGAUUGAAUUGGCUAGAGUUCUUUUGGAAAGAACAAUUUGCCAAAACUACAUAGCAAUAUAAAAGGCUAAUAGAUAAACUGGAGUGAUGCUUGGCAUGGUUCUGAACCUAAAAGAACAGGAAUUCAAGAGUCACUAAAGGGAACUGAAUAUUUUAGGCUGUUAUGCUGUUUUGAGAGCCAGCGUGGUGUAGCUGUGUGAGGGUUGGAUGAAGACUCUGGAGAGCAUGUUUUGAAUCUCUGCUCAGCCAUGGAAACCCAGUAGGUGAACUUAGGCAAGUUGCACUCUCUUGGCCUCAGACUUAAAACCCCAUUGAACAAAUCAUGCCAAGGAAACCCAAUGAUAGGUUCACUGUAGGAUCACAAUAAGUUGGAAACCACUUGAAGGUACACAAGAACAACAACAGUGAUAUUAUUUGUAUUUUAUGAUGUUAGAUACUUUUUCUAAAGCAGGAAUGGGUAACAUAAAUCUCCUUGUCAGCAUUACAAUCAAGAUUGGGAGCAGUCCUUGUGGAAUGAGAUAGGGAUGACUUUAAGUGUGGGAUGGACCAAUCCAUACUGGUUUUCUCCCAGUGUGCUGAGAUCAGAAAUAACCACCACAAGGAGAGGAAGGCUUGAGCAAGAUUGUGGGAGAAAUGGGUAGGAUCCUACUCCCACCUAGUCAUGCUUCAACAUUAAUUCUCUCUUGUGUAUAUGGAAAUUUGGCAUGACCCACAUUUUAACACAUGGAACAUGAAGUGCUCCUAUCAAUUUUGCCUAUUAUCUGAGGGUGUUGGGUUUUUUUUCUUCCACAAGCCUACAACAUGGGGAUUGCGGAGAAACUAAAGAAAUUAACAAGAGGGAUGAUUGCUGUAGCCAAAGAUAGGCUAUUCCAUAUAUUAGCCGCAAUUCCAAGUAAGUGCAGCAUUUGAUAGAAGGGACAGAUUUCCACAUCUCAGGUUUCUGGCUCUUAUUGCUGAAAAGAUGGUUUAGGAGUAUGUGGAGGGAGGGAGCCCUAAACGAAGUCUCCCCUACUGGGUGCGUCCAUGUUGGUGGUGGUCUAGCUGUGGGGUUUACUUAGCAGCACCAGUGGGUAACUACAAGUCAUCAUUUUAAAUUUUCUAUCUUGUCUCUGAUGUGCCAUAAUUCCAAGGCACAGGGCCAUUUUUACCAUUUUAAUUUAUAUCAAUGACUGAGAGAUUUAAAAUGAAGCUUGCAGACUUCGGAACAUGGUGUGAGGGGCCCAGGGCAGGCCCCUCAGUGAUUGUGAAUUCUUAUCAGGUCCUGAAGCUUCUCAAACUCUAUGGGAUUUCCAUAGGCUAGAGGCCAGGGCUUAAAUGCUUCAGUGAAUCUCCAGAUCUGCUGUGUAAAAAGCGGAAACACAAUAAGGCAAAAAGAAAAAAGCAAAGUGUCAGCUAGCAUCUUCAAUCUGUGAAAAUCCCACAGAGUACCAAUUGAAGCUUUCCUCAGUGCAGAGAAGGGGCAAACUUUGUGCACAGGUUUUCAGUUUAUUAAUGAAGACACGCAGGCUCAGAACCAACUUUGAGCUAAACAGGCUACGGGUCUGACCCAGUAUAAAGCUGCUUCCCGCUUCUGCAUCCUUCCAGAACCAAGGAAGGCUCGCUUGCUCGGCAAGGCCUCGUUUGAAGUGCUGUGUUCAGUUUUGAGCACCUCCGUGCGAGCAGGAUGUUGACAAAUUGAAAAGGAUUCAGAAGAGAGCGGCAAGGAUGAUCAAAGGUCUGGAAGGCAAUUCCUACGUGGAGAUGCUUGAAGGAACUGGGUCUGUUUAGCCUCGAGAAAAAUAAGAUGAAGCAGUGGGUGGGGGGGGGGGGGAGAUGUCGGCAGAUUUCAAAUAUUUUAAAAGGUGUCAGGAAGAAGAGAGAGCAGCAGCAGAUGGAGAGAGGACAAAAAUUACUGAACUUGAAGCAGAGGAAGGUGUCAGGGUGCCAUAGUCAUUAGAUGUGACCGCAUUCCUGUUCGUUGUCGGAUAUGACUGGAUUGUGAAGAGAUUAAGGGAGCAACAGUGGUUUGGCAAUAUCUGGUCAGAAAGGGUACAAAGCGACUGUGGUUGAAGUUAAAUCAGUCCCCCACUUUCUCUGAGGUGCUAGCAUUCUUGCAAACAAGUGGAGUUCUGAGAAGGAACAGUCUAAUGUAAGGGCCAGAGAGUUUUUAGAAACCCAGCUGGUACUGAAGACCCCCUACUCAAGCAUUCAGCCAUAGAACCAACAGGGAGGGGGCACUCUCAAGUGCCUACUUUCAGCUGAGAUUUUAGGGAGAAUUUAGCAAUGUUCCUUUGUUGCACUGCAGCUCCCACAUUCACCUCGCCGGUGGAUUCUGAGUGUUGCAGUUGGAAAAAUGAAAUAUUUCUCCAAGGUAAAACUUUAGGCAUACAGGGAUGUCCUGUCUCAGGGCUGGGUCUGGAUCAGAGGGCUGACAAAGCCCCUCCCAACCCUUAAAAGUUCUCCAAUACAGGGGCAGGAAGAGCAGCAUAUGUCCUGGUGCCAAAGUGUGCCAUUGCUCCCAAACCAGUGCACACACUGCCAAUAGUGAAUCCAGAAGGGAAAAAAACAUCCAUCGCCUGCCAUCACACACAGCCACAGUCAAGCACAAAGGCAUACAAGCACAUACCAAACUAUCAUGCCAGCAAGUAGGGUAAUGAACCUCCGCAAAUAAAAUUCACUGUCACGCAAGAUGUUGUGCAUUAAGGUGCAGCUUAAUGCAGCAUGCACAGCAAGAAAAAAGGAACACUAAUUUUCAAAAAAAUAUUGCAAGCACAUGGUCUCCAUUACAGAUGCCAGGAGACAAGACUGCUGUCACACAUGCUUGCAGAAUCUCAAAGGAACUCAAAACUCACACAUCUACCAGUCCCAUUAGCAGGCAUAUUUCAAAGAGCCGUGUUAAGGCUGCAGCAUUAUUGAUGUUGUUCCUGCACAGAGAGAUGUGUACGCUGUCAUCUGUGAAAUGUGGCAAAAGCGCUCCUACUGUUGCAAGCCCAGUGGGUCUGGAAAAUGUGUCACAUAUAUGUGGAAUCUGUGGCCUGGCCUUCACAGCAGAAAAGGGUGCUGUGGCACCCAAGAGUGGAACACAUUUGUUGAGACACAAAAUUCUGCAGGCAACGUCCUUAGUAUUUCAUGAAAUGCCUAAGGUCCACUGAGAGAGAUAUAAAACCAUAGGCAAUUACAGCAUACAUGAAAAGAUGCCGCAGAAUUAUAUGAACACACAAGGGGCGCAGAUCAGGUCCUCAAAGACAUGAACAUAAAGAUGCAAUCAUACAUGCAGACUGAAGUUCACAUGCAGGCUCCCUCAUGUGAACCCACUACCAAAACCACGAGCUCAGUCCCACUCCCAGUUCUGCUUUGAUUCUCUUUCUCUCUUUCUCCCUCUCUCUUUCCCUGUGUCUCUUUGUCCCUUUUCCUAUUCUGGGGAGGGGGCAAUUUAGUAAUAACUUUAGAAAUGCUGUUUUAGGGAGCGGGGUUGGUGGGUGGGAGCCGUCUUUCUUGGAGUGGGUGGGCUUUCGCUGGGGCGGGGUGGGUAAGUGGGGAUAUGGGGCAGCGCCCCACACUGGAACGGGGCAGGGUUUGGGUGGGGCAGGGACCCAGGCAUCCGCAGAGGGGGUGGGACUGGGUUUUCGAUACUAUUUUAGGGCGUUCAUAAGAAAUAAAGGCUUUUUUAA